AUGACUUCCUACAUGAAAAAACACUGCAGAUCGGUUAGUCGCCGCAUUUCUGAAGUGCCAAAUUUGAGGACACUGGCAGAAAAGAAGUCGUCCUUGAGACCACUCCCUCUUGAAACUCCAAACCGAGACAUAAUAACCCCAGAAGAUAAGACGCCCCAAGACUUGCAGCUUUCUCAAAGUGCGAUUCCUGAAAAUAUUCAAAAGACAUUCAAGAAUGCAAUAAUUUCGAAGAACAAGGAUACUGACACAAUAUCUCCUUCAAUCCAAAAAUCUAAGAAACCAAGCUCAACCUCUUCCGAAUCGACCAUUAUCAACACAAGCAUCUCACCCAUUCUCUCCACAACCCUCUCAUCCACUAUCCCUUUCACCACCAAAUCCAACAAAAACGGUCCCGACGAAAAAUACCAAAUCAACUCUCACCUGCUCUUCGAAUCCUCUUUCCCCGGCCACACAUAUAUAUCCGUGCAUCUCCAACGCCUCCAACAUGGUAUCUAUUCCGAUGCAAAUCUACACACCAAUCAUACCUUGCACGUAACAUUCGUCGCUCUCAGUUUCAUACUCCAUCCCUCUACCCCUGCGCACCGUUUCGAGAGCGCCGUAAUCGAUAUCAAAGUCCGUGAUCAGAAAGGAAAUUUGAGAUUUCUCAAAUAUGCGCCCCAUCAAGCAUAUGGGAAAAUAAGCACAGAGAGUUUGAAGUGGAAUUUUCAAUUGGGGGCUUCACUAGGAGUAACGCAGGGACCGGCAAAUGUGUGUGUAAAACCGAGUAUUGGGGAGGAAAAAAGUAAAGUUGUAGGGACGAUGAUGAAGAUACAGGGUUCCACACGCAGCACUUUCGAGCAUUCGACUCGGUAUCCGGAUACACUACUUCAUUUUUCGCUCGAGGAAAAUGCACAGCAGGAAUCGGGGCUUCCGCGGGAAUUUACAUUUGUGUUCUUGCUUGAGAGACCGAGUGAGAAACAAUAUCCGCCCGUUCAUACGUUUCAUUCAUCUAGACUUAAAAUACUUGAGCAUCGCAUUUCUGAGAAACUGAGGAGUAUAAGUGGGAGAGGAAAGAAACAUGAGGAUCAAGAGGAGAGUUGUAUGGAAUAUAGAUAUGAAGAUAUAGCUGGGGAGAAAGAAAUACCGAGAUUAGAGGUUGAGAGAUUAGAUGGGGAUUUUGAAAAGAUAUUUGGGGAAGUAGAAUUUGAAAUUGGGAUUGAACCUAAAAUAUCCAACACCCUAGCCCUCCCCUCUCUAUCCUCCUCCCUUUCUACGCUCCCCCGCACAAGCGGUUAUGUCCACAACAGCGCGGCACACACCGAAACCACCAGAGUUCUUGGUGAAGUAGGCCAGAAAUUUCCCACAGAGGGAACGCUCGAUAGUAUGGGAAAAGUUGAGCAUGAAGAAGCGAUUGUGCAUGGAUUGUAUAACUUUGCGAAGUUGGGAGGAGCGUUUGAGGAACAGGUUAGCUUGCCAGGGGCGAGUGUAGGCAGUAGAGUGCCAGAGUUGGAUGGUGGUGGUACUGCGGGUGGGAGAUAGGUGAGAUGGGUUAGGGUAAUGAAACGGCAUGGAAGAGUAAAUAAAAACGGUUGAUGGCCAAUUGUGAAAGGAUGUAAGAGAAACAUGCAUGAAAGACAUGUGGAUUGGGUGGGCUAGUGUAUACAUAAUAGGCGGAAUAACAUAUCCUGUACGAAGCUUUGUCCCAUAUCCCGUAUAUUUUUAUGUAAAG